UUAACGGCAAACAUUUAAGCGCAAGGAAUAAGGAACGAUGGUUGGUGUGGACCGAGACGAUGAACGGUCUGUUGGAAUGAAGAAAACAGAUUUUGGCAAUAUCAAGGGUGUAAUAUUUUAAUCCACACAGCGAUUUACAUGACAAAAACCAUGGUAUGAUUCUUGUGGACGUCAUCGAUCAAUGCUAGAAGUAAGAGUUAACUAAGUAAGGGAACACAAUGAGUCAUGGACGAUUUAGAAACCAGUAGGUAGAAGUAGAAACCAAAAGUUUCACAGCAUUAGGAGGAGAAGGAAAAGAUCGUCAGUAUUGGCACUCGUGGAGGGUGCGCCAAAGGAUUUGUCUAUGGAAAGAGGCGCAGCGUAGGCUAGGCAGACGAAUUGAUUGGAGGAUAAAAAGGGGAGAACCUAUAAACGACAGUAUUAUAAUGUCACGUAAUUGAUUGGACUGCUAUUGAAGCAGGAAUUGAUUAGUUCAGACUUACGGAAAAGCAUCUACUAACCACAAUUAUGCGUAACGAACGUUUGAAAUCGUGAUUCUGUAUUAUGUAGACGCUUCACCAGCUGUAGAAGAAAUUCGGAACAAUUAAUUUGUACUUUAAUGAAUCUACUUUAACGACGCUUGAUAGCUGUAUCGGUUCUCGGCUAAUGGUUUGAGAGGCAUAUGUAAAUAGCUGCUGUGCCAUUGCUCUAUAAUUUGCGAAAAGGACGGGCAGCGUUUAGCAAAAGCGCGCGUUUGGAGGUGUUUUGUUUCUUUACUUAAUGAAAUCGUAAAUGUGAAUGUUCGAAUUCAGAUUAGUUAGACAAUGAAAACAUAAGAUCGAUUCGAAAGGACACUUAAUCAACGUCAGGUGUCGUCAUUGAACAAGGUGAUAAUUCGUUACGGAAGACGCAAAUAUUAGAGAAUCACUCCUUCAAACUGCCAACAAUGCACAUUCCGUAACACCUACCAACUGAUCCCCUCAUUUAAUCCAUUGAUAAGCACCCUUUUAACGAAUGUUGUACAUAUUUCAACCAGAAACGAGACUAAAUCACUGUUGUUUCACCCCACUCUCCACGAGCCUGUGACCUGCUGCAUCAGCGGUUUUCUUGAGCCGAAGAAGGGCUGGCUAGGGUUAUCCAGGUACUUGGGAUAGCAGAUAUCCAUUUUUACCUGUGCACCACAGCAUUCACAGACCAUGCAGACCAUGUGGUGUAAAAAUCAGAAUUUUCUGAUUAUUCACGAUUUCAUGAUAAACUAAAAUAAAAUUCGAUGAAAA